GGCUGGAAGGGGAAUCGGCAACGGACCGCACGGUGGCCCAUUCGGGGGAAUGGCAGCAGCAUCCCUCGAUUGUGCGGUGGAGGGACGAGGCCAGGCUAGAAAUCAGGACGGUGGAAAGGGGGUGCUCGAAGCACAAGAAGAAGUGGAAGGUGGAAGAUGGGACGUGAAUGUCGGGAAACAGGGGGACAUGAGUGUUGGAAAACAGGGGGCACUGGGAAAGCGACCUCGAGCUCGACGGAAAACAAGGUCCCGCAGAGAGCAACAGGCGAAGGAUGGGCGGAAGGACAAAGGGAAGCAACCAAUGAUCGAGACAUCUUCAAGUGACGAGGAUAGACCCCCACACAAGAAAACGGCGAGAGCGGAGAGAAGAGGAUUGCUGCAGAAGGAGGUGCGGUUAAUUCCUCAGGCGCCGCUAUCGAUACUGGGAGCCCCAUCCCGAGGAGGACCGGCCGAACAAGAACAGUCCAGUCGGCAUACUGCAAUCGCCAGCUGUGGGGAGGUGGAAAGGCGACAGGGGAACUUGUCACCACCACCGCCGCAGCCUUUGCCUAUAGGGGGACGCCUUUGCCCGAAUUCCCCAAUACUCCCAAGGAGAGGGAUCCGGUUGAACUCACCUGCCCCGGGUGGCAUGGGGGAUGGUGAGAACAGGGAAGAAGAGCCGGGGCAACAAACAGAAGGCCGUAACGUCGGCUCGCUGGAACAGGCGCGGACCUACAGCCAAAUGCGGAUGGUCUUUCUAGACGGGGCCUUUGACGAUCUUCAGCGUAAAGGCAAUCUCCGCUUGGUGCUGAUUAUCUUCAAACAAAGCACAAGCGGCCUGGACAUAUUGGUGAGCAUGGAGGGCCCGGCGGGAUCUGAAGUUCGGCUGGCCAUGGCAUCGUUCGAAGAGCACCCGUCUCAGCAGCGCUUGUUAACAGAGGGAUUGCUGGAACGACUGGUGACUAUAUCAAUACUCCCGGUCGCCUCGUCUGAUCAUAAAAUGCUGAUAAUGGAAGUGUUGGUGUCGCAGGGGGUGGACGCAAGACCGGCGCCGUCCUCCGUCCUGCAUUGGAUGUUCAAGGACCCUCUUCAUGUUCGUCUGGCAUGUCAACAUUGGGAAUACUGGAACACUCUGCGACGCCCGUCAACCUCGCCAGUGGAGCAUUUGCAGCUUGGCCUAGCCGAGCUCUAUCGUAUCAUGCAGGCCAGAGCCAGGGCUACUAAACAGGCACACCUUAAGACCGGGGAGGAGUUUGUGAGACACAUGGAGGAGCUGGGAACGGACCUGCCCGUGGAAGAGGCGGAGGACUGGUGGACACAGUGGACGGAGUUGCAUUCGCAAUGGGAAGACUGGCAACGAAGAGAUGCGGAACGGUGGGGGCUAGCAUCGAAAUCUAGAUGGAUGGAGAAAGCGGAGAGAAUGUCUGCGGUCUUUUUUGCGGUAACCCGGAAACAGAGGACUGCUGCUGUGAUGUCAACAUUGGAUCACCCCUUCGACCAAUCCCUCCCGCAAGCCACCACGACGCCCCAGAUACUGAACCAUGCUCAUCAGUUCUACUCCUGGCUUUAUCAGGAAACGGAGGAGUGGGAACCCCAGGCCAUGGCGGACACCCAGCGCCCGGCGGUCUGGUCCUGCUGUCAGACAAGCCUCGCGGACCAUCAAACUCAGGAGCUGGAAGCAGACAUUACGCCAACUGAGAUCUCAAGGGCACUGGUGGACUUACCGAAAAACAAAGCCUUGGGCCCGGAUGGGGUCCCGAUGGACCACUUCCAUGCGGUUGGGGAGACAAUUAUGCCGCUGCUCUGCAAAGUUUUCAAUGUCUUGUUCACAAAUGGGGCUCGGAUGCCGCCGGCCUUUGGAGUGGCCGUGGUGGUGUUGCUGCACAAAAAAGGGAGACCGGGGGAGAUACGAAAUUGGAGGCCCAUUUCGCUAUUGUCGGCACCGUAUAAACUGUAUGCUAAAGUCUUGGCCAACCGGUUGGCAAGUGCGUUGCCGACACUGAUAGACGCGACACAGACGGGCUUCGUCCCGGGGUGGCGAAUAUUGACAAAUGUCAUAACAGUCCGGGAAAUUCUGGAUAGAGCUGCCGAAGUGAUACCACCCAUUGCUGUCCUUCUCCUGGACUUCGAGAAGGCAUAUGACCGAGUGAGAUGGCGAUUUCUGCAACAAGGGCUGGCGGAGAGGGGAAUGGGCCCUAGAUUUCGGGAUGCUGUAGCCCGCUUGCUAUCCUCGGCGGUGGCGCGGCUGCAGAUCAACGGCUUUCGUACGGAGCUGGUGCAUGUGUCUCGGUCGGUGAGACAGGGAUCCCCCCUGUCCCCUGCACUGUAUGUGCUAUUUGUGGAACAUCUGCACGAGAUGAUCAGGAUGGACGAGCGGAUCAGAGGAUUCCCUAUGCCAACGGGGCGCCAAAUUAAAUCGAAUACGGCGCUCUCGUCUGGGGAGAAAAUGCACAACUUGCUGGCGGCGGCACUCAGAAGAAUGCACAGUUGGGCCAAGGGUGUGGAUUUGGGGGUGUUUGGGAAAACACUGGUGGCCAACAACGCUGUCUCGUCCACCCUGUGGUAUGUUGCACCUUUGUCGGACCCGGGAAAGAGAGCAUGGCGGGAGUAUAAACUGGCGGUGCGAAAAUAUCUGUGGAAAAACGACCCGCUGGCGGAGCAACUCAUCUACCGCGUCCGCUGGGAGAAGUUGGUACAACCACGGAAGAAGGGAGGGUUGGCGCUGCUGGAUCCACAUCUGCAGACCGAUGCCCUGCAGAUGCGCUCGGUCGUAUGGUUGUUGAUGGAACAGGAUGAAGCGCCAUGGAAGAUCCUGACAUUGACAAGCAUGGCUCAGGCCCUCAGGGUUGACCCGGUGGAUGUGGAGAUUGCCCUCUUGAAUCCGUCUUUGCAGGCGGGCCUCAUGCAAGGGGCACUGUGGACUCCGACCCUGUCAAAAUGGAGAAAGAUGAAUCUCAGGCAACUACCGCCGGUCACAGUGGAGCACAUUCUUGGCCAAACUAUAUUUGGUAACCGUCAGAUCCUUUGCGACGGCCGACCUCUCCCCUGGUGUGAUGCUCCUGCUGCAUUCGGAAGACAAUGGCUCGAUUGUGGAGUCUACAGGGUGGCGGACAUAUGGGAUCGGGAAAAGAAAACAUGGAAGACCCGAGAGGAAAUGAUGCAGGUCCUGCGGAACCAACCACAUAAGCAAGAACGGCUGCAGCGGAUCCAAGAUGCCAUCCCACAAGAGUGGCUGCAGAGGAUGCAGGUCGAUGAAAGAGUGAGGGGGGAGUGGGUGGCUCUGGAAGCGGAAGAGGCGCCCAAAGUACUGUUCAGAAUGGUGGCAAGGGUGACCGACCACUGGUUCCAGGUGGAAGGAUGGGAGGUUGCGCCCUCGGAAGGGCCGGUGGGUGAACCGAUGUGCAGGAACCCGAAUCGGGACGGACUGCUGCACGAGCACAGCGUACGGGCAGUGGUGGUCGUCAAGGAUAGGAAGUGCUCGGGAGGGGAAGUAUAUCGACCAUUCAAAAUUGCAUUGCGACCCCAACAACUCUCCUGGGACCCGUCCGCAUGGGAAUGGCGAGCGAGGAACAUGCAGACUAAAUCCUGUCGACCACACCCGGUCACAACAAAGGUCAUCUACAGAUCGCUCAAUGCUCCGGUGGACAUGGCAAUGGAAAUGAGGGGUCGGUGGCUGAAACGAGGGUGGAUAGAGUCUAAAGAAGUUCCGGGCUUGACGGCGAGAGGAUGGGAAGCGGCCUGCACACUCUUGACACUCAUUGUGGACCAGAAAUAUGCGGGAGGACUGUGGCUGUCCUUGCACCUGGCGGUGCCCACCUUUCAGUGGAUGGCAGCACACAGCGCAGCAGAAGACACGCAAUGCAAAGCUUGCGGUCAAGAGGAAACUGUGCCGCACAUCUGGCUGGACUGUGAACCACAGAGGGCAUUCUGGCAAUGGUGGGGGGAACAAGGCACCCACCUUCCGCUACACCCAACACGAACCAACCAUCGAGUGUCAGUAAUGCUGGGACAGCUCCUGUCCGGAGAAGAACGUACCUGCUCUCAAGCGUACGAGGGGGAGACGGUUUGGGCGGCCUUCUGGGGGGCCAUGUGGGCUAUGCGGGCCCGGUUUCUAACAUCUGCACACAAAGGAUCUGCAAGGACAUUACAGGCAUGGACGCUGAUGAAUCUUAAAGCGGCAAUCACAGCGGACGCGGCACGGAGAGGGGAGGCAUCUAGCGGACAUUGGUCGGUCUGACGUGUACUUUGCGACUGGGUGCGGUGUGCCUCCCAGCA